GUUGUUAUCGUUCCUCGAUAAUUACAAGAACGCCAAAACCUGGAAGGACGAUGAUGAUACCUUGCUGCUCAUCAUCAUGGUGCUUAUUGUUGUGUUGCGUUCUGUGCCCGCGAGCGAUCCGCUCUUUCAGGAAUACAAUAUUACCUACGAGCGCACGAGGCCGCUGUUGUACAAGCAGUACAGGAACUUGAAAUCAGGCAUUCAGGUGGAAACUACCACCAGUCUGCGUGCUUACAUUCUGGAGUGUGAAGAUCUAUAUUUCAACAACCAGAUAGAAAGGUCCUGGAAUCUACUUUUCCGCAUUGUUAGUGCGGCGUACUCUCUUGGGCUACAUGUCUACGAUGAGACCAUUGCCGAUACACUCAAAAAAGAAAAUAGCGAAGCUGCUCUCGACAUUGUGAAAAAAAAUCAACGGGCCUCUUUGUGGUUUGUGAUUAAUUUCGUGUCUGCCACACUUUGCUCUGUCUUAGGUCGCCCGAAUCCUGUCACUUUCACGUUCCAACCUUUACUGAGAAACUAUGAGAUUAGACUCAACUAUAAAAUUGGAUUGGCAGAGCUGGUGAAAAGGUCCACCAACAUUCUCAUUGACUCGUACAAAGUCAACAUUAAUUUCGACACCAUUAUGGAAAUAGACGAAGCCUUUGUUAGCGAGGUUCUAAUUUACGAAAAAAUUCUAGCUGAUACACGAGAAGUGCGAAAUUAUAAGGGACGAGACAGAUCCAAACCAAGCUAUAUCACAUUGCCAGUCAUUGACAAGAAAGCGAGAAGGAAAAACUCAUUCAAAUCAUUGAGUCAGCUAAAUCUGAGCGAGCUCCUCAAUAGCUGUCCUUUGGACAUCCGUUUCACGAUAUUGCGACCUUGCGAAACUGAACCUGAAGAAAAAUUCUGUCUUCUGGAUACCGAUUGCGAUACACUUAAUGAUCUUAUCAUGCUGUACGGUAAUAGAGCUAAAUUCCACCAGCAUUUCAUGUCAAGCUACCAGAAAUCGCUAGAGAGCUGUUUAGACUCGGUCUUGAAGGUUUUGGAGCACGCUCAGCUGCUAGUUGAGUUACGCAACAACUUCUUCCACAAACCAUCAUUCCAUGACAUAUAUCCCUUCUUCUACACUUUCUUCUACCAAACCCUGGUCGUGAUGUAUACUGUGAUGCAUUUGGGGUACAGCAAGCUAUACAUGUACUCUGAUGCCAUCGGUGCAGUACGCCGACAACUAUCGCAUCUCUUUGAGAUUGUGGAUCUUGAUUACUGGAGGCCUAACGUCGUUCGUAUCAUGCAGUACAUCAACGAAAUGUGCGACAAUUACUUCAAGAUGCACGCAGAGGUACAAAAGCAAAAUUCAUCUUUGAAUCUGAGGAACUCUGAACACAAGGCUGAACUGGGGCCACAAUCUCGAGCCUCGGGAUUGUUCCAGCUUGCAAUGACGCCCAUCCAAGAGGACAAUAUCCCGAUUUCCUCAAACUCCAAGAUACAAGUUCACAAUGUGCCUGAGCAUCUAUCGCAGGAUCAUACCAGAGUGACCAACCUUCCAGGUCAAGACUCUCCGGAACGUGUUCCCUUUUACAUGAGCAAUAGUGGCAACUCGUUAUCCCAGAUCAGUCUUGGAAAUUACAAUUUGGAUUACUAUGAUCCGAAACAGCAGCUGUUUCCAUUGCCGCAACAAACCAAAACCACGGAUGACCAAUACUCGGGCGUUGACCAGCUUGAUUCAUCUGUGACUGUAGAUCCACUACUGGGCUUUGAUCUAAGCGACCCCUUUUUUAUUCAAAACCCUUCCAAUUUCAACUACUCAGCCCCGGUAGAUCAUGAAAAAGAUUCGGACAGCGACGCGCCGCUGACCGUACGGCCCAAAAAUUCAAGAUUCAACUCCAACGACUCGAACGAUUUCACCAACUACCUCUCGGCUACUCAUAAUAGCCGAGGUAAUAGCUUUUGAAUAAAUAGAAUGACGUCAUCUGUUAGCUAUCAGAUUGCGUCAUGCAGCCCAACAUGAUAGGUCACCAGUCUCCACAAAAAAUCAGGCUCCGUAUGCACAGCCGAGAACAAUAGGCACUAUAUCAGUAAUCUAUAUAAGAACAGUACUCUGCCCCUUUAUCGACUAACAUGACGUCUAACU